AUGGUGCCCCAGGAGACAGGCCCCGGGGGUGGGUGGGGCUCCCCGGACGCAUAUAAGGCACAGGGCGGCCGGGAGGGGAGCUGGGGCCUCGCCACCGCCGUCCUCAAGGCCCUGCUGCUCCUGGGGCUCUGGGGGCUCCUCCGCACCUGCACUCACACCCCCUCCCCGGCCCCCCGCUGGCCCCCGGGGCCGUGCCCGCUGCCCCUCGUAGGCCUACAUUUGCUGUGUGUGGCACAGCAGGACCAGUCGCUGAUGGAGCUCGCGGAACAGUAUGGGCCGGUGUUCGCUGUCCAUCUGGGGCGCCAGAAGACGACGGUGCUGACCGGCUACGGUGUGAGGGAGGCCCUGGUGGGCACCGGACAGGAGCUGGCCGGCCGGCCCCCCAUCGCCAUCUUCCAGCUCAUCCAGGGAGGUGGCGGCGUCUUCUUCUCCUCCGGGUAGUGCUGGAGGGCCGCCCGCCAGCUCACCGUGCGCACCCUCCGCGGCCUGGGCGUGGGGAGGGCGCCCAUGGCCGACAAGGUCCUGCAGGAGCUGAGGUGCCUCACGGCGCAGCUAGACAGCUACGGAGGCCGGCCCUUCCCACUGGCCCUGCUCGGCUGGGCUCCCUCCAACAUCACCUUCAUGCUCCUCUUUGGCCAGCGGUUCGACUACCGGGAUCCCGUGUUCGUGUCCCUGCUGGGCCUCAUCGACGAGGUCAUGAUCCUCUUGGGGACGCCCGGCCUGCAGCUGUUCAACAUCUACCCUUGGCUCGGGGCCCUCCUCCAGCUGCACCGGCCCGUCCUGCGGAAGGUGGAGGCGGUGCGGGCCAUCCUGAGGAACCUCCUGGAGGCACGGCGGCCCCCCGCGCCUGGGCGAGGGCCUGUGCGGAGCUACCUGGACGCCCUGAUCCAGCAGGGCCAGGGGAAAGACCCCGAGGGCCUGUUUGCUGAGGCCAACGUGGUGGCCCGUGCCCUGGACAUGGUCAUGGCUGGCACGGAGACCACCUCCGCCACGCUGCAGUGGGCCGCCCUCCUGAUGGGCAAGCACCCGGCGUGCAGAGGCCGGGUGCAGGAGGAUCCGGACCGAGUGCUGGGGCCCGGGCGGCCCCCCUGGCUGGAGGACCAGCGCUCCCUGCCCUACACCAACGCCGUGCUGCAUGAGGUCCAGUGCUUCAUCACCCUCCUGCCCCACGUGCCGCGGUGCACAGCCUCCGACACCCAGCUGGGCGGCUACCUGCUCCCCAAGGGAACGCCUGUGGUGCCCCUCCUGAGCUCCGUGCUCCUGGACAAGACGCAGUGGGAGACCCCCCCGCCAGUUCAACCCGGGCCACUUCUGGACGCCGACGGGCGCUUCGUGAAGCGGGCGGCUUUCCUGCCUUUUUCUGCAGGCUGCCGCAUCUGCGUCGGGGAGAGCCUAGCCAGGUCGCAGCUGUUCCUGCUGUUCUCAGGCCUCCUGCAGAGGUACCGCCUGCUGCCCCCACCCGGCCUCAGCACCGCCACCCUGGGCACCAUGCCCGCCCUGGCCUUCACCACGCGGCCGCAGGCCCAGGCCCUGUGUGCGGUGCCCAGGCUGCAGGGGCGCUGA